UGUACUGCGUCCGCCCGAACGUGCCGCCUGGUGCCACCAGGCGGCCCCGCCAAGCUGCCCUUGAAAGCACAGGAGGAGGCUGAGGCGUUAUCAUAGCGUAUUAGGAUAAUUGAAUUUCACAGCGACCGCAAACGUGUUGCGCUGCCUAACAGUCGCACAAAGGGCCCACAAUCCCGCGCGGCAUUUUACACCGGCGCCAGGCGCGUUUUGCUCUGAAGCCUUCCCAGCAUUCGCAAAGCAAUCACUGCAGUUAUGCAUUCAAACGAAGAAGCGAUCUAGUACCUUUGAAGACACCACUUCGCGCUUGAAAGGCCCGAAGCGAGCCAAAACAUCCGCUGAGCUCUAACACAGCUCCCUUGAUCUGUGCUCUAGCCUAAUUGUUACACACAGUCUCAAUCCCACGGUUCGGCGAGGGCGUUGUCUCCUAGGCUGCCUCCAGGUGCUUGCUCCCCCAGCGGAAGGCCAUCGGCCUUGCCGUUUAGGCUGUAUAUGGAGUUGGCGACGUGAAAGCCCGUGGAAAUGGGCGUCUGGAGGCGUGCUGGCAAUGUCGCGAGCCUGCGCUGCACCUAAGCGCUCAGGCGGCGUCAGCAGCUGGAGCUUUGCCCACAUCGCGCCUAAUACCGCAAGCACGCCAGCGAUGACAAGCCCGCAGCCUCCCGCGUGCGGGGCUGCUCUCGCCCUACUGCCCGGAGGCCCUGUUCCCGACGUCUCCCGCGUGGGGCGGCACAAGCAACGCUAUGGAGAUUCAGGAGAGCGGCUGGUGGCAGGGUGCAUCCCUGUCAAGUUCUCGGGGUGCCCCAAAAGCGCUGAGCAUGUACAAGUUUGCAUGAUAACCACCACGAGCGGGAAGGGCCUCGUGUUUCCUAAGGGCGGCUGGGAGGACGAUGAGAGCGUGGAAUCGGCCGCGCAGCGCGAGACCGUUGAGGAGGCGGGCGUGAGGGGCAUGCUUGAGGAGCCGCUGCUGGGCGUCUUCCCCUUCACGAGCGGGAAAUACUACAUCCAGGAGGGCCAGUCAGCCGCCACGCCGGGGCGCUGCAAGGCGUACAUAUACGUGAUGCAUGUGGCGGAGGAGCUGCCCUGCUGGCCGGAGAGCAACGACCGCCAGCGCGUCUGGUGCUCCAUUUCCGAGGCGGCGCGGCAGUGCAAGCACCAGUGGAUGCGUGAGGCACUGCAAGCCUGGGUGCGGAGGAGAGGCUGGGAUGAGUCGCUGGCCGCGGCGUCUGCAAGCGGUGGCAGUGUGGGUGCGGGCGUCAGCACCGGCGUGCAGCAGCAGGCGCCGGAGGUGGCGUCGGCCGGGGACGGCGAGAUCCGCUUCGGAAGCACGUCUUUGCAUUUUGGGGACGACUCCCGGGCCUUCGACUUCAAGGCCGCGGCUGCGGCAGCGGCGGUGGGACCAUGCGUGUCCUCCAACUCGACUUGAGCCUUCCUCCAUGAGCGUUCGGGUUUCAUUAUGGAGGGGAGCUGCUGUGAUCCCCCUAACAAGUGUUGGGUUGCUGCGGCUGCCCAGACUUAUGAGAAGACGCGACAUGUCAAGUCUCCCUUGACCAGGCAUGAGCGUGGGGCUGGAACAGCGUAACCUGGCCGUGGGCCGUGUUUGCCAGGGCCUAUGUUGCGAACCGGUCGCCGGGGCGCGUCUAUGGUAUCGCCCCUGGUGAAUAACAUCGAGUGUAAGCUCGGGUUGUAGUCUUGCCCCGUACCCGCCUGUUUGCCGGUAUGUGCCGGGACUGGCGUCGUGUGCGCAGGAACGAGGACGAUAUUACACGCCCGGGUGCCACGAAAGUAAUGAAUGAGGUUUAACAACGCAGGCCCUCGCGGGGGUUUGAGGUCACGACGUCAGUGGUUGUUUCGGUUGGGCACAAGUGUGGUGGCGCUGCCCCUUAGCUACGCAUGCAUGGCGCAGGUCGCUAGGGGAUGAGGCGGCCUGCGCAGCAAGGGUGCGCGUGACAUAGCUAAUGUGUGUCGGCAUGACGUGGGAGUCCGUACUGGCCCCUAUCCCUUGGGGGGUAUUGCUUGAGUACAAGGAAGUCGUGUGCAAGAGGGCUUGAGAGAGACAAGGGAGUAAAGAGCGAGUUCCAAAAUACUGAUUAGGUACCACACAUGUCUUGGUGUAUGAUGAUGCUGGCCCUGUGAUGAGGGCAGGGUAUUGGUGCGCGUCUGAAGACGAAGAGAGAAGGCGUCUGACUGCGCCCGCGUUUGCGGAAUGUUGGCAAGGCGAGGGCAGUGGACCGCAGCACUCUGGCAAUCAGGUAGGUGAGGUUGCGAGUCGGUAGAGGACUGGCCAGUGUGCGUCCCUUUGAGCGCCCUCCGCAGACCUGCUCCCAGCCUGGUUGGCCACCUAGACACGUGUGUUCAGCAGCUAAGCUUGCGAUAUGCUACCGCAGUGAAAUGCCGGCUGAGCGAAGUGCCGUUAAGCCGAGGUCGCGUAAAGCCGUGGACGAGGCCGAGCAUGGGCCCAUGACGCCGGCCCUGUCUAAAGCAGGCGCCCCGGAAUCAAAGGAGUGGGGCCACAUGGACGCGAACAGCGCUCGUAUCUUCCUUCGUUCGGAACGAAAUUUGCCCAAAAAGGCCUCUGGCGGACGAAAUUUUUUUGAUCUUGACUUGGAAUUUCGGCCAAAACGCACGGGAUCUUGGGGGGUCUUUCGGCAAACAGACGAAGACAUUUUUGGGUUUUCGGCCACUUUGGGCCAAGGACAGGGGGUUCCAGCGGCUACUCCACGGCCGAAACCUGCGUGGCAUAUGGUAAGAAGGCUCAAAGGGCUGUAUCUAUGGGUGUUGACGGCGGGAGACAGGGGUUC